AUGCCUAUGUCACAUUUUGGUCUCACGGUUUCGCACAUUCCCUCGGCCACGUCAUUUUACCUCUCUGCACUGCAGCCGCUCGGAUACCGCUUCAUUGGGCACCAAGGCGAUUCUAUAGGUCUUGGGAUCGAUUCGGCCGACUUCUUCCUCACACAGGCACCUAUUGGCACCCGACCCUCGCCAAACCACAUUGCAUUUCUGGCCGAGAGCCGCCUAAUAGUACGAGACUGCUACACUGCAGCACUAAACUCAGGUGCCCUUCCCAGUGGCGCUCCAAAUUACCGCAACGAAGACUGCUCCUGCUUCAACGCUGCCGUGGAAGACUUGGACGGCAACACGGUCGAGUUUAUUUUCCGACAACCUCAUGGCGAAGGUGACAGAUGUGACACCAUUGCUCCGCCAGAGGACCAACGUGUCUUGACCUGGCAGAAAGAUGUAGCCAGUAGUGCUGCGCAGGAUGACGCCCAGUCUGUUGCUCAGUCAAUGGUCUCGAGAGGAUCGUUGGCUUCGAAAACUUCCCGUGCUAAAUCGAGGAUGCAAACAGCUCUUGAUCUCGCAUCGUCGGCGUCCAAGUCGGUGAAGUCAGAAGCUCCUAGUCAAGGCAUUUCACGCAGCAGUACAACGCCUGCAAAGUCAGACUUUCCUUCGAAGACCUUGAUCGGCACCGCUCUCGGUGCUGCAGCAGGCGCUGCAAUCAUGUUCGCCAUGAGCAAGGCAGAGUCAGACAAUGCCAGAGAUGAAGCCGAACAUCUGGCAUACAUGUCGAAAUCAAGACCUCGCCGACGUUCUCUUAGCGAUGCCAGACCACCGCCACCACGAGCCGAAACUAUCAAGGAGUCAAUGCCGCCGACAGCACCACCAAAACCAGACAGUAGAAGAUUCCAUCGGAACUACAGUACGACAGAAUCGCAGUUCUCGAGACGACCACCGCCACCGCCGACAAAGGCGAUGCGUAUGAUCGAAGCCACUGGUCACAAUACAGAAGACGAGGACAUCCAGGAAGCUUUGAGUCGAUACUCGGGAAUGAAGGCGAUGCCGACACGGAGUCGAACGAUCGAUGACUACGAGUACGCCCCGAAAUCAAGAGCUGGUGGUCGAAGUGAAGCACCUUCGGGCCACAGUAUGAAGCGCGCAACCACACUCCCAGUCGAAGCGAUUGAAGAUCGUCCAAACUACUACCUCGAAGCACCACCGCCAAAGAGCUACGUCUCCAGACACAGUAGCCGUCACGACACCCCACGAAGCCACGUCUCCGGCUCCCGCCACAGCAGUCACGCCCACCGCCGCAGCAGCCACGACGACGCCAACCUCAAACGCCACGACAGCGGCAUCAGCAUGCACUCCUCACGCUCCCGCCGCGACCGCGACAGCGACGCCGGCCGCAGAUCCUCCGGCAGCAAAGCCAGCACGACCAAACCCCCUCGUCGAGACGCCUACGACCAAGCCGCAGCCGUAGCAGCCGCAGUGCCCCAAGCCCCAGGCUCCAAAGCCCCCUCAUCCUGCUUCUUCCCCGCCGCCAUCUCCCUCCCACCCUCUCACGCCUCCAGCAAAGCCUCCCGCUCGCACGCCCCGUCAACCUACGUCUCCGCCCCGCAAGAACCCCUUGAGCCCACCGCCUCGAAACAGAGCUGGGAAGACUUCGUCAUCGGCGAGGAAUCGGAUGGACUGGGCGAUAUCAAGACUGUUCUGCCCGAGGAUAGUAUCUCGUGCGUGGAUCUGUCGAAGCCGAAGACGAGGAGGGAGAGUCAUAGUAGUAGUCGGCAUUCGAGGCCUAAGGAGAGGAGGAGGGAUGGGGGGAGUGGGGGGAGUCGGCAUACUGUUAUGACUGCGUUGCCGUAUCGGGGGAGUGGGAAGGAGAGGGAUGGGAAGAGGAGUAUUUUGGGGUUUGCUUGA